CCCUCGUCCUACCUCACGCGUUCGCCCAGUCCCGCCCAUCUACACGCGAUGUUCGGUCAGACCACGACCCCGGCUCCGAGUGGUGCCGGCUUUGGUGGCUUCGGUGCCGCUGGCACCCAAACGCCGCAAGCCGGCGGGUUCAACACGCCACGCGUGGCCACCAAUACCGCCACCCCGGGGGCGCCACUCCAGACGACCUCCUUCUCUCUGGGGGCCGGGGCCGGGACGCCGUCUGGCGCGCCGGCCGGCGGCGGCUUUGGCGCAAGCACCAGCGGCUUCGGAACGACCACCGGCGGCUUCGGCACGAAUACCGGCGGCUUCGGCACGACCACCGGCGGCUUCGGUGCGACACCAAACAGCGCGCCGAUCGGCGGCCAGGCUGCCAAGCCGGGAAGCUUCGGCUUCGGCUCCAACACCGGCUUCGGCACGUCCACCACCGGGUCGGGCUUCGGCACGUCCACCACCGGAUCGGGCUUCGGCACGUCCACCACCGGAUCGGGCUUCGGCUCGUCCACCACCGGGUCGGGCUUCGGCUCGUCCACCACCGGGUCGGGCUUCGGCGCCAACACGUCUGGCUUUGGCUCGGGCUUCUUUGGUGGUGGUGGUGGUGGUGGUGGUGCUCAGCCGGCGGCCACUGCUGCCCCUCAACCCGCUGGGCCGCAGCUUCUCCCGAUGUCCUCGGCCGGGUAUGGAUUGGCGGUUCCAGCUCCGGCCGGGGCCACCGGCCCAGACGCCUUCUCUGGCUUCGGCCCGAGCCCGGACGGGUCGGCUGGCUUCGGCUGGACCCCGGCGCAGGUGAUUCAGGAGCUCCAGCAGGCGUAUGACUCCACGUCGCCUGCCUGUCGCUUUGUGCACAUGUUCUACAAUAAGCUUUCGCCGGAAGCCGCGCAAUCGGUCCGCCAACGCCCGGACAUAAUCCAACGCCCGGCCGACGUCCAUCCCACCAUCUGGGAGCAAGCCGUCAGCAAUAACCCCGACUCGGCCAAUUUGGUCCCAGUGCAAGCGCGCGGCAUCGGAGACCUGAAGCUUCGUGUGGAAGCCCAGCGGGACCGGUGUGAUGACCAACUUUCCAUGCUGGCCGUGCUGGAGGAGGUCCUGUCCGACGCGCACCGGACGCACGAGACCGAGACCCUGGUUCGGCUGGAUGCGGCCCGGCUCCGGCACCUGGAGCUUGUCCACCGGCUGAUCCGUGUUAUGAAGUCUCUCGAGGUCCUCCGGUCCAAGGGUCUGGCUAUUACCCCGGCCGAGGAGGGACUACGUGCGAAGCUGGAGCAGAUGCAACGACACCUGGAUGAUCCGGCGGAUUUCAAGAGCCGCCUCAAUGAGCUCAGUGCCCAGGUGAAUGUCCGCAAGCAGCAGAUGCUCAUGGCCGGCGGGCGUCCCAGCCCCAGCACCGGAUCGCACCAUGGCUCUGGCGGUGGCGAUGGUCAGGGCAGCGCCUCCGGCAGCACUCCGUCCGAUGCCGACGAGCGCGCGAUGGCCGAAAUCCAGACGGUCCUCGGCGAGCAGCAGAAGGCUCUCCGGUACUUGGCGCGCACGGUCAACGAAGCGGCCGAGGAUGUGCACAUCCUGGCUCUCAACUCUGGCAUCACCUUCCCCGAGGAGGAUCCGAUCCCCUCGUCGUUGGCUUCGCUGCGUGCUCGCACGGCCACUGGCACCGCUGCCUCGGACAGCAUCCUCUCGCUGUCGAAGACAGCGGCUCUCACGGCCGCGGCCACCGCCGGGUCCAGCGCGAGCACCGCCGCUGCCGCGCCGAAUGCCGCUGCCCCGGCCGCCGCCGCCCCAGCCGCCAGCACCGGGUUUGGCUUCGGCGCCACGACCGGCACGACUGCGGCCCCCGCCGCCGGGUCGUCGGGUCUCGGCUUUGGCCUCGGCAGCUCUACCGGCGCUACGACCGGCGCCGCUCCGGCCACCACGAGCACUGGUGGCGGCGGUGGUGGCUUUGGCUUCGGUACCACUGGCACCACCGGCACCGCCGCUGCCGCCGCUCCCACCGCCGGGACUGGCUUUGGAUUUGGCAACACUUCCACCACGGCCGCCGCUCCGGCCGCCGGGGCUGGCACUGGCUUCGGCUUCGGCACUGGCACUGGUGCUGGUGCCACGACGGCCACUGCCACUGGCACCGGUCCGGCUGCCGCCACCGGCACCGGCUUCGGCUUCGGCACCGGUGCUGCCACCACGAACACCGCUCCUGCGGCUGGCACUGGUGGUGGGUUUGGCUUCGGCACCGGCACCGGCACCCCCGCUGCCAAUGCGGCCCCCGCAGCCGCCGGCACCAGCGGCGGAUUUGGCUUUGGCACUGGGACCACUGCUGCGGCGGCUCCGGCUGCUGGUGGUGCUGCUGGCUUCGGGUUCAACACUGGCGGGGCCGCCGCGCCGGCUGCCGGCACUGGCACCAGCUUCAACUUCGGCACCUUCAAGUGAAUCAUGUGUCCUGGUCCAUCUUCCUGGCGCUCCCUCCCCCCCCCCCCCGCGUACUCUCCUGCCUUCUUCCUUCUUUUAUUUUUCACCUCCUCCCACCCUGUGCGAGGCUGGCGGGGGGGGAUGGGUGGAGUGGGG